CACCUCCUUCAGAUCUGAAUUACCCAGUUCUAAUUUCUCUGUGUUCCCUGUACACGUUGCAAAUUAUUUCUCAAAUCCAUCAAUUUCACACACUUUCAACCCACAGUUCCACUGAUCUAUCCCACUCUGUCAGGCCCACUUUCGUAAUCAAGCCUACACUCGGUGUUCUUUACAAUCUGAUCUACUUACCCAGAUCUAGAAUGAGCUAAUAUACAAAUACCCACUUUAUAUAUAAUCUCAUAUAUACACAGAUAAAAAGUACAUAUAUAUGGCAAUGCCAUCAGGAAAUGCGGUUAUUUAUGAUAAAAUGCUGGGCGGCAGUGGUGGUGCUGGUGGCGGUGGAGAAAUGAUGCACCACCAGAGGCCGUGGCUGAUAGAUGAGAGAGAUGGAUUUAUAGCAUGGUUGCGCGGGGAAUUUGCAGCAUCCAAUGCCAUAAUUGAUGCUUUAUGUAACCACUUGAGAGUGACCGGGGAGCCGGGUGAGUAUGAUGGAGUUGUAGGUUGUAUACAGCAGAGGAGGUGUAAUUGGAACCCUGUGUUACAUAUGCAGCAGUACUUUUCGGUGACGGAGGUCUUGUAUGCUUUGCAGCAGGUGAGCUGGAGGAGGCAACAGAGAUAUUUUGAGCCGGCUAAGGUGCAGGGGAAGGAGUUUAGAAGGAGCGGUGGAGGUGGGUAUAACAGACAGGGGCAUCAGAGAGUUGAGGUUGUGAAGGAAGGGUAUGCAAAUGCAAUUGCAAAUGAUUCAGGAAAUUUGGUGGGUUUGGAUAAAGAAGAGAGAGUGAGAGAGAAAGAUGAAGAAGCUGCGAAAGUGGAGGAUAAGGGCGUGGCACUUGAGGAGGAGAAGCAAGGGGAAGUGGGGAAAUGCUGUUUUGGUGGGAAGGCGUUUAGGAGGCCUGGUGGAUUGCGACAACGUUUAGAGUUGCAUGUCUUAUCAAAUUGUCUGCUUGUGUACACUUGCAACCUCUGUGCAAUGGCACAAAUUCUAGAUGAGGUUUCAAAAAUUCAAGCAGAUAGCUGCAUCAAUGUUUCAGGAAAUAUACAAAUAUUUAUUUCCGGAGAUUCGGAAUGUGAGGCAAGGCAUGUGGAUGAUGUAUGCGCCUCUACCUCAGAAGGUACUAGCAACAUGUAUCUGGAGAACGGCCAGUCCAUACAAAUUCCACAUGAGAAACAUAAUCUCACCAAUACUCUGAAAACUUUUGUUGGGACUGAGAUAUUUGAUGGAAAAACGGUUAAUGUAGUGGAUGGGAUGAAAUUGUAUGAAGAAAUGUUAAAUGACUCAGAAGUGUCAAAACUUGUUGCAUUGGAAGAGAAGAUGAUGGUGACUGUCAAAGAUGGAGAAGUUGCCGGCAAGAGCAGAGUCGACAACAAGUAG